CUUCUUCCCAUAGGAGGCAGUUUAACUGUCUACGUAAGCCGAUCGGAAUUCAUGGUGCCGAGAUGAACGGAAGAAACGGUCCGUCUCAGCCGGCGAGGGGCCGGACGCCUCGGGCCCGCGCGAAUCGGCCUGUUUGACGCAGAAGGACGAGAGAGAAUCUCUCCUGGGCGAAGCCGCUCCUCUGUUCUUCACCAGCUCCAGCCUCACUUUGACUGUUUGACACACUAUUCCGCUCAAACCUUCAGCCUCCAGACUCACUGGAGUCUCUCUGUCGCCCCGCGGCGCUCUGCAGCCGUGCACGCAGGACAGCCGUCGAACCAGCACCCUUUGUCAGCGGCGUCUCACCGGGGUGAAUCGAAGCGCGCUCUACCUGCUGUGCGUCUCGGUCCCGGACGUGUCUCCCGGAUCACCUACCUUUCGCAACGGUGACACCUGGCGGCGGAGCGCAGACAUUGCAGCGCCAAAAAAGCGAAGCAAACCUCCUUGUUCCAGUUUGCUUUCCGUAGUUUGGAACCCUUUUGCCGUAACUUUGACGGGAGGCAGUGGAUGCGCGGCCGCAACGUUAUCGAUGUAAAUAUGGAUCUUCAUCAACCACAACUGAUCGCCGAUUGCCUCAUUCACACGUUCUCUUUCCUGCCUGAGGAGGAUUUGAUCCGAGCCUCCGCCGUGUGUAAAGAUUGGAAUGAAGCCGCAGAGAGUCCUUGGUUAUGGAGGUGAGAUUUGCCUGAGGUUCUGUCUGCAGCGCUGGAGUUUCUGUAACCUUUCCGUCUUGGGGAGUGAACAGGAGAGUCGCUCGUGGAAGAGAUACUUCCUGCGACGUUGCCACUUGGAGAUGAAGAUGGCGAAAGGCAGCUCGGGAGGUUACACCUGCAAAAGCCUCCGAGGACACACAGGCAGGGUGGUGGGGUUCGAAUACCUGCAGGGGAACUCGGCGCAGCAUCCGGACAUCUGGAACAGCAGCUCCACAGUUUGCAGCGCCUCCUCCGACGGGACGGUCCGAGCGUGGGACAUCCAGAAGGGUCAGCUCCUGUGGUGCAGCCCCGUGCAGAGUCCUUUAACGGCGAUCGUGAGCGACGAACGGCGCGAGGUGGUGAUCUCAGCGGACUGCGAGGGCCACGUCAAGACGUGGAGGGGUCUCACCGGCCAGGAGGUGGCCUCCUUCUCCACUGCGUCCACACACUGCGCACUGCUUCAGUACAACGUCAACAGCAACUGGUUUCUGACUGUUGGAACCGGUCGGGGGUCUGUGUGUACGCUCGCCGACCCGACUCUGACUCAAAAGUCCAGCGUUGUGGUGUGCGACGGCUUUAAAGUCGACAUGUUACUAGUUUCGCCGGACAGGAAGUGGAUCUUUGCUGGAACCAAAGACAGCAAGGAUUUAAGUCCGAAGGUGAUUCACACGGAGAGUUUAACCUCGCCGUCCGAGGGCGAAGACCCUCUGUGCCAGUCCGUGCCGGUCACCGGGUGCCAGGCCGCCGUCUUCAUGCCUACUCAGCCUGCCAGGCUGGCCCUCGUCCACCAGGGGCCGUGGGACAAAGCCCUCACUGUCUUCGAUGUCGCCAUUCAAAAGACCAAGUACAAGUCAGAGAUCCAGGUCCAGCAGGUGGAGUCGUUCCCCUUGACGCUGACGUCGUGGUCCUCACGCGUCCUUCUCGCAGCCAAGGACAGCGACGUCUUAGUGCUGGCCGCCGGUCUGCAGCUGAGGGUCUACUCUCUCAAAGGCGCCCUGCUCGCCAGCUUCGAAGAGCACACCAUGCCCAUCUCCUCCAUGUGUGUGGACAGCUUCCGCGUGGUGACGGCUUCUCAGGACCUCUCCUUACGAGUGCUGACCUGGAGGAGCGACCGGGGCCCCGGGUGGACCCUGGAGAGCCAGUACCACCUGCUGGGAGGCUCUCACACCGUGUCCAGAGGGUUCACCGCCGUCGCCUGUGACUACGCCAGCAUCGUGGCCGCAGCAGAAGGGAAAGACGGAAAAGACGUCUUAAAGGCGUAUUCUUUCACCUCCUGAGUCCACAAGCAGCUUGCACGACCCACGGGAAGGAGGAGCGUUUUUUUUUAUUUUUAUUAUCAACUGUUUGUUACAUAUAUGCAGACAUGCGGGUGUUAUCUGUGCUUUUACAGAAAAUAGAAUGUGAGACUUGUUACAGAUUAGAAACUCUAUGUAAUGGGAAAGGCAUUAAUACACUGGGUGACAAAGUACA